GCAGAAAAGAAAAAUGGAGGAUCGGUUGAAAGAGAUUACGAUUCGGAGGUAAAACAAAACCGUUGUCGAUGAAAUAUGCCAAGGAAUCGUGCCGGGGUAUUACCCCUGCCAGAUGGAUGGGAGGAAUGCCGUGACUACGACGGAAAACUGUUCUUUAUAGACCAUUCCAAUCGGCAAACAACCUGGAUCGACCCGAGGGACAGAUUUACCAAGCCCCAGACAUUUGCAGACUGUGUCGGAGAUCAGCUUCCCUAUGGAUGGGAACAGUGUGUUGAUGAGCAGCUGGGGCCAUACUUCAUCAACCACCUAAAUCAAAGCAACCAGCUUGAGGACCCACGGGAACAAUGGCGCAGUCAACAGGAAGUGAUGCUCAAAGAGUAUCUGGUCACGGCCCAGGAAGAUCUCGCUGCCAAGCGCGAGAUUUAUACAGUGAAGGAGCAGAGACUGAUGCUGGCACAGGAUGAAUACCAACACCUCAACGACACACUCGCCAGUUGGAAGUCAUCUCGUACAAGUUUAAACUCCAACUCCAGCGUAGGUAGUACAAAGUAUGACCCAGAUUUGUUGAAAGCUGAUGUCCAUCAUGCUAAGAAUCGUGUAUCAAGGCUGCGUCGGGAGUUGGAGCAGAUCCGCACUGAAAUGCAUUACAAGGAACAGGGGGUGGAGACCCUCACGAGAGUGGAUCAGAAGCUGUCGGGACAGAACGGAACAUACAAUGUGUCGCAGGCCCACGCUAUUGUACAGGAGAUCAAACAGAUACAAACCUCUAUGUCUACAAAGGAACAAGAGAAACAGUCUCUGAUUGCGUCUCUUGCCCGCCUUAAGGACGACUUCCUAUUGUCUAAAAAUGGUGGGUCGUCUCCGGAUGUUUCCACGCUCUCCAUACCACUCAAGUCUAACACAGCAUCCCAAACAGACCUGCGAGGAGAGCUUGGUCCUGGUAGUAGUUCAUAUAUCCAGGAGAUUACACAGCUACGCCUACAGUACCAAGAAUCCCGCAGCCGAUUACUGGACCUGAAACACAAGUUGGCAAACGUAGAGGACCAAAUGAUUCCUGGGCAAAAUGAGUCGGAUAAAGACAGACUGAUGUUACUACAAGAGAAGGAACAGCUUCUGAGAGAACUCAAGAGUAUCGAUCCAAAGGGUCGCAGUGAGGGCGAGAUAUUCUCCAUCCGUACUCAGAUACAGCAGCUGGAAAAUGACCUUGUCAUCGCCAUAGAUACGUCUAAUAAACAGAUAGCUGACAGAAUUCAGCUUCAAGAGCAGAAGUCUUCACUCAUGCAGGAGUUAUCCGAGGCUACAAGGCUGACAACCUUACUGGAGUCCCAACUUCGGAGCCUGUCGGUGAGCACCCUGUCCAUGUCAUCCGGUUCUAGUCUGGGAUCCCUAGGGUCCUUGUCCUCUUGUAGCCAUAGUUCUCUCACCUCUCUCAGCAUGCUGGACAUCUACCCGCAGCCAUCCGAAACCAACCUUUACGACCUUCAUCGAAGGUUGGAAAAGUUGUUAAAAGGACACAGUAUAUCACCGAUACAUGAAAACCCACAGGCGACCCCGGCUAGUUUGGACAUUACGUCGGCGGCAACCCGUGGCUACAUGGAAAGUAUCAAAGCCAGUAAUACAGAACUGUCUUCAUCCAUGAGAUCAAUAUCAUCGCGAUCGUCUUUGUCAUCUGUUUCUCCGCCAGUGUCGCCCUAUGAUGUGGGUCCGCCUCCAUCUUACCAUGAACAUAUCACAUCAGUGGAGCGACAACGAGUGGGAUUCUUUGGUAGUAACAGUAGUCUGAGCCCUGGUACGGCUAAUAGUGUCGAAACUGAGCAAUCAAAAGUAGUGUUAGAUUCAUCAUCCUCAUAUCAUCAACUCGGCUCCGAAAAUAAUACACAGACUAAUCUGUUCCUCGGGGCCUCCCUCAAUAAGAAGCCAGUAAUGGGGGCGAGUGAGCAGCUCAUGGAUUCUGCUACACAAGUUUUGUCUGGCCCCAAGAAGGUGGCCCAGCCUCAGUACCCAGAUAACAUGGAUGUUAUGUCAAAUCCCCCACUGAGCCCUAUCAGUGAGAGUAGCUCAGGGGUAGGGAACAAUUUGUCAGGGGCUAAUACCCGUAGUGUUUCUGCUGCUGUUAGUGACGAGUCUGUGGCGGGUGACAGUGGAGUGUUUGAGGCAUCCAUGAACAUCACCAAAAGGGAUGUACUAGAUGAGGCACUGGAGAUGAAUUUAGAAAGUGCUCAAAUACAGAUCAAACUGAGGUAUGAUCACAUGGAGGGCAGUCUUGUUGUGGUACUGGAGCAGGCCCGGAAUCUAUCAGCAUUAGCUUUCUCUGUAGGAAGCAAAGUAUAUAUAAAGGCUGCUCUCCUGCCCCACAACAUGGAUCUGCUGUGGGAAACACAGCCUUCUUCUGACCUCAAGAAUCCUCGUUUUUAUCAGGCCUUCCGAGCAAAAGUUGCUGAAUCAAAACUGCUGAAUAAAACACUGCAGGUUCAUGUGUGGAGUGUACAUCAGCAACUCGGCAAGGAGUGUCUGGGAUGUGCACAAGUAAGCUUGGCAGACUUUGAUCCUCGGAUCACGUCCAUUAGAUGGUACAACGUACUCAGCUUUAAGUUUAUGCAGUCAGAUUCUGUCGCUACUAAACCCGUCCUGGAGAGUAAGAAAGAAGACGAUGUCUCGGAACCAUCACAAAAAUCAUCAUCACCACCCUCAAACAUCUUGCCACCCUCAUCACAACAGACGGAACCUGUUGACAAAGUGAAACAGCUGCUGGAGGCAUCAUCGGCACGGUUACAGAGGACGGUGGAAGACCGUGUAAUUAACAGAAAUACUCAUCCUACAAUAGCCUCAUUAAAGGAGGAAAGCAGUGACGAGUCAACCGUCAUCUCCUCGCAGACCUCUACUCUUACAAGGAAUCAGGGUAGGUCCAACGUCAUCUCCUCGCAGACCUCUACUCUUACAAGGAAUCAGGGUCCAGAGGAUAUGGAGCAUCACAGAGACAUGGGCUUCACCAUGGGACCUGACGAAGACGAGGAAGACGAGGAAGAUGAAGGGGAAAUAAAUGAUCAUCUGCAUAUUCAACAAAUUCUGAACCAGUUUGACCAAGCGGUGGACAGUGAGAACUCGGACCAGGAAGAUUUGGUGGUGACUUGUGACAAAGAGACCAAUACUGAUGGUAUAUAUGCCACAACCCAGCCGACCAUCAAACGCCGUCCUCCACAGCCCAGUGUGGCCAGUUCCCGUGGUAGUACGAUACGCCGCUCUCAAACAUUCUCUCCUGCCUGUAGGCCUGGUAACAACUACGUCUGUAAGCUUAACCGCAGUGACAGUGAUAGUUCUAUGCCACACUUUAAGAAGGGCCCUUUCCAGAGACAUUCUGCGGAGCGCCGGAGCUUGAGGUGGAAAAGGGCGACUAUCUGUGGUACAAAGGGAGAGAAGAUUCCGCUGCGGACGUCCAUCGACCUUGAGCUUGACCUUCAGGCUUCACAGAUGAAGUUGAGCCACCUGGACGAUGACAUUAAUCGCCUGCGAGAACUCACAGUCACCCUGGAACAAGCCAAGGCAAAAGGCGAGACAGAACUUCCUUCGUGGCUUACAGACGAUGAACACUUUCAGAAACUUUUAACGGAUGCUGAUAGAAUGAUAUUGUUAAGGCCUCAGUCGUCACCAGAAGUGAAAAAAGAUGGCCAGAAACUGUCAAAGCACGAUCGAAGAGCAGAACAACUCCUGAAAAAAGUGACAAAGGACAUUCAAAAAAUAAAACGCACAAAUCCGAACUGUAAUGUCAACACCUUCAGGGAGAAGAUGGCGUUCUUUACAACUGUAAACAUGCUGGUACCGGUCGUAGGACCCGAGACAAGCAGUGACGAUCCUCAUGUUGAUAAGUUUGUACAAACACCUGUUGUAACAUCAGAGGCAGCGGGUAAAAGUGAAGAGUCACGCUUCGAUGAGUUUCUCAAAGACGAACGUCUUGGACAAGAAGUUUAACAGUCAUCUGAAAUGUGAACCAAAAAGUGUUUGUACAAAACUGGCCGGUGGUCACUGAUAGCUGAUGGAUACCUACUGACCAGUGGUCACUGAUUCCUGAUGGAUUCCUACUGACCGGUGGUCACUGAUACAGUAUCUCUGUUGUAGAGAUAUAAUUCCCUACAUAAAUUAAACAAGGAGUGAUCAUGAUGACAUCACAAAACACUGGGAACGGGUCACAAACAUCAAGUUUAAAUCAUUCUAUGUAUGUUUGUGAGGUAUUCACACCAAUUCUUGUUGGUGAAUGAUCCCUGCUGGAACGGUGUUGGGCAUUGAAGACAAAUUUACAUUUGAACGGGUAUUGUGGAAGGGAUUUUACCUUUCUCUAUAUUUUUGUUUUGAUCCGGUUAUGAUAUUGUGAGUUUAGAGCCAAAGUACUCAGAAACAGGUGAUGACUGACGGGAGGCGUUUCUACUAGAGACAAUUCAUUCCAAGUGUUUUUAUAAGUGUGCCCUGUUUCAACAUUACCCUCACAAACAUUAAUGACCUGUAUUGGGAAAGAAUGGAAAUUUAGACAAUGUGACUUGUAAAUAUCGAGGAUAAUAUUAAAAUAUGGAGAAGUUGUCAGAGACCCAUCAAUAGGGAGGUCACUUCUCUGUGACGUAGUGUUGGAACAGGGCCGUGUGUGUGAGUGUCCCAUACUGAGUGACUUGGUAUAUCUAAUAUGUCUGAGGGAGAAAUGUAAGGUUGUAUCAUAAUGUCUGACAUCUCAGUAUGUUUAAACAGCUUUUUAAAAAUUCAAAUUGUUUGUAAAAUCACAAAUAUAUUGUCUCAAGGUGGAAAGUGUUCUGACGGUAGUAUGUGAUUGUGUGAUCACAUUUAACACAUGUUUGACGGUAGUAUGUGAUUGUGUGAUCAUAUUUAACACAUGUUUGACGGUAGCAUGUGAUUGUGUGAUCACAUUUAACACAUGUUUGACGGUAGUAUGUGAUUGUGUGAUCAUAUUUAACACAUGUUUGACGGUAGCAUGUGAUUGUGUGGUCAUAUUUAACACAUGUUUGACGGUAGUAUGUGAUUGUGUGAUCAUAUUUAACACAUGUUUGACGGUAGUAUGUGAUUGUGUGAUCAUAUUUAACACAUGUUUGACGGUAGCAUGUGAUUGUCUGAUCACAUUUAACACAUGUUUGACGGUAGUAUGUGAUUGUGUGGUCAUAUUUAAUACAUGUUUGACGGUAGCAUGUGAUUGUCUGAUCACAUUUAAUACAUGUUUGACGGUAGCAUGUGAUUGUGUGAUCAUAUUUAACACAUGUUUGACAGUAGCAUGUGAUUGUGUGAUCACAUUUAACACAUGUUUGGCGGUAGCAUGUGAUUGUGUGGUCAUAUUUAACACAUGUUUGACGGUAGCAUGUGAUUGUGUGAUCACAUUUAACACAUGUUUGACGGUAGUAUGUGAUUGUGUGAUCACAUUUAACACAUGUUUGACGGUAGUAUGUGAUUGUGUGAUCAUAUUUAACACAUGUUUAAUGUAUUUUUGAUGAGCUGUUAGGUUAACAAACUGGACAAGUGCAGUGUUUUUAUUAAGUCAGAAAAUUAUAUGUUCAGAGUUUUGGAUGGUUGAGUUUAUUUUUUGGUAAACAAUUAAUUCUUAGCUCACCUGGCCCGAAGAAUACGGCUUCUCAAAUGGCCCGAAGGGUAUGGCGUUUCACCCGGCCUGAAGGGUAUGGUGUCUCAACUGGCCCGAAGGGUAUGGCGUUUCACCCGGCCUGAAGGGUAUGGUGUCUCAACUGGCCGAAGGGUAUGGCGUCUCAACCGGUCUGAAGGGUAUGGCGUAUCACCUGGCCCGGAGGGUAUGGCGUUUCACCCGGCCUGAAGGGAAGGGUGUCUCACCUGGCCCGGAGGGUAUGGUGUUUCACCCGGCCUGAAGGGUUGGCGUCUCAACCGGUCUGAAGGGUAUGGCGUAUCACCCGGCCCGGAGGGUAUGGCGUUUCACCCGGCCUGAAGGGAAGGGUGUCUCACCUGGCCCGGAGGGUAUGGUGUUUCACCCGGCCGGAAGGGAAGGGUGUCUCACCUGGCCCGGAGGGUAUGGUGUUUCACCCGGCCGGAGGGUAUGGCGUUUCACCCGGCCUGGAGGGUAUGGCAUUUCACCUGACCUGAAGGGUAUGGUGUCUCAUCUGCGUGAAGGGUAUGGCGUUUCACCCGGCCUGAAGGGUAACGGCCCGGAGGGUAUGGCGUCUCACCCGGCCUGAAGGGUAUGGCGUAUCACCCGGCCUGAAGGGUAUGGCUUAUCACCCAGCCCGAAGGGUAUGGCGUCUCACCAGGCCUGAAGGGUAACGGCCUGGAGGGUAUGGUGUCUCACUUGGCCAGAAGGGUAUGGUGUCUCACCUGGCCUGAAGGUAAUGGUGUCUCACCUGGCCUGAAGGGUAACGGCCUGGAGGGUAUGGUGUCUCACCUGGCCUGAAGGUAAUGGUGUCUCACCUGGCCUGGAGGGUAUGGUGUCUCACCUGGCCUGGAGGGUAUGGUGUCUCACCUGGCCCGGAGGGUAUGGUGUCUCACCCGGCCUGGAGGGUAUGGUGUCUCACUUGGCCAGAAGGGUAUGGUGUCUCACCUGGCAGGGAGGGUAUGGUGUCUCACCUGGCUGUCCAAAAAAAACCACUACUAGUAAGACUCUUGUGUGGAUUUUAACCAAAUUGGAUCUAAAGCAUUCUUGGGUGAAGGGAAACCAAUUUUAUAUUAAAGGAGGGGUAAAGCUAAAUAGAGGAAAUUCUGAUGAAAUCCUCCUAUAGGAAUAUAGAAGUGUUUCACCAUAUUCACUGCAAUAGCCAGGUGAGUGAUACAGGCCCCCUGGGCCUCUUGUUUGUUUGCUAGAAGACAAGGUAUGAUAUGCAUGAAUGCAAUCAAAUUAGCAAUAACUCAAUCCGUGUCAGACUUCAAUAAAACUUUGUGUGAUUUGUUGUGACUUUAGAGAGAUUUAUCAAAAUUUUCAUCAGAUAUGCUGGCAUACACUGAACUGUCCCUUCAUACAAGGGAACUUUUUUUUUGAUGACUUUGACGUCCUAUGAUUGAUGGUGUGCUGGCGUAUAUCAGUGUGUUUCAGCAGGCUGUUAACAAAUCUUACUUUAACUAUUUGACGUACAUGUCAGUGUUAUUGCCAAAGCUUUUAUCAUCAAGGUGUGACAGGUGUGACAAGGUGUGACAGGUGUGACAAGGCCUUCAGCCAACAUAUUGUGCCUUGGUCCAAAACUUACCAGCAGCGUCAUUGUUAAAUACUACCAGUAACCACCCCAGUUUAUGUUGUAUAGUUGUCAGAAUUCUGUCAUCAUGUGUGGAGGGAUGUGAGGUCACAGUUUAUCUUACCAGGCAAAUUUUACCUGAGAACUACAAGUCAUUAUAUGUAGAAAACUUGCAAUUAUAUAUUUUAUCGAAAGAUAUUGUCACAUGUGGCAACAGAAUCUGUAAAUAUUUUUUUUGUUACUUGGUGAACAAAAUCAAAGAUCAUUGUCACUGUAGUUUAUGUGGCUUACAGUUUGUGAUUGUAAAAACUUUGAGUAAUCUGAAAAUCCUGAUUUGAUCCAAGUCAGAGUGGGAGUUGGAGGUUAGGCCAGGUUGGGCUUACCGAGGACGAGGUUAGGCCAGGUUGGGCUUUCCAAAGUCGAGGUUAGGCCAGGUUGGGCUUACCAAAGUCAAGGUUAGGCCAGGUUGGGCUUACCAAAGUCGAGGUUAGACCAGGUUGGGCUUACCAAAGUCGAGGUUAGGUCAGGUUGGGCUUACCAAAGUCAAGGUUAGGCCAGGUUGGGCUUACCAAAGUCAAGGUUAGACCAGGUUGGGCUUACCAAAGUCAAGGUUAGGCCAGGUUGGGCUUUCCAAAGUCGAGGUUAGGUCAGGUUGGGCUUACCAAAGUCAAGGUUAGGCCAGGUUGGGCUUACCAAAGUCAAGGUUAGACCAGGUUGGGCUUACCAAAGUCGAGGUUAGGCCAGGUUGGGCUUACCGAGGACGAGGUUAGGCCAGGUUGGGCUUUCCAAAGUCGAGGUUAGGCCAGGUUGGGCUUACCAAAGUCGAGGUUAGGCCAGGUUGGGCUUACCGAGGACGAGGUUAGGCCAGGUUGGGCUUACCAAAGUCGAGGUUAGACCAGGUUGGGCUUACCAAAGUCAAGGUUAGACCAGGUUGGGCUUACCAAAGUCGAGGUUAGACCAGGUUGGGCUUACCGAGGACGUGGUUAGGCCAGGUUGGGCUUACCAAAGUCGAGGUUAGACCAGGUUGGGCUUACCGAGGAUGUGGUUAGGCCAGGUUGGGCUUACCGAGGACAAGGUUAGGCCAGGUUGGGCUUACAAUGGUCGAGCUUACCGAGGUCAAGGUAAGGCCAGGUCGGGCUUACUGAGGUCAAGGUUAGGCCAGGUUGAUCUUACUGAGGUCAAGGUAAGGCCAGAUCAGGCUUACCGAGGUCAAGGUAAGACCAGGUUGGGCUUACCGAGGUCGAGGUAAGGCCAGGUCGGGCUUACCAACUCUUUUCUGUUAAUGAAAGAAUCAUGCCACAAUCAUUUUCAUAUGAGAACAAAACGCACAAUUACUUGUAUCAUUGUUGAAUUUGAUGAGGUUGAUAAUUUUCCUUAGAAGGUUCAUUAUAGACAGGAAUGAUUGACACAAAACAACAAUAUCAAUAUGUCACAUAACCUCAUAAUAAUGUGCUGAGAUCAAAAUCAAAAUUUAAAUAAUUCAUGAGCUCAAAUCAUUAAAUCUAAAGCUAAUCACAAUCAAACAGAAUCGAAAUGUAGAGAAUGUCCAGUACAUUAUCUGCUGAUUUAGGGUAAUCCCCGAGGUUCAGUAUACCUGCUGUUUUAGGGUAAUCCCCGAGGUUCAGUAUACCUGCUGUUUUAGGGUAAUCCCCGAGGUUCAGUAUAUCUACUGUUUUAGGGUAAUCCCCGAGGUUCAGUAUAUCUACUGUUUUAGGGUAAUCCCCGAGGUUCAGUAUAUCUACUGUUUUAGGGAAUCCCGAGGUUCAGUAUAUCUACUGUUUUAGGGUAAUCCCCGAGGUUCAAUAUAUCUACUGUUUUAGGGUAAUCCCCAAGGUUCAGUAUAUCUGCUGUUUUAGGGUAAUCCCCGAGGUUCAGUAUAUCUACUGUUUUAGGGUAAUCCCCGAGGUUCAGUAUAUCUACUGUUUUAGGGUAAUCCCCGAGGUUCAGUAUAUCUGCUGUUUUAGGGUAAUCCCCAAGGUUCAGUAUAUCUACUGUUUUAGGGUAAUCCCCGAGGUUCAGUAUACCUGCUGUUUUAGGGUAAUCCCCGAGGUUCAGUAUAUCUACUGUUUUAGGGUAAUCCCCGAGGUUCAGUAUACCUGCUGUUUUAGGGUAAUCCCCAAGGUUUAGUAUAUCUGCUGUUUUAGGGUAAUCCCCGAGGUUCAGUAUAUCUGCUGUUUUAGGGUAAUCCCCCAGGAUCAGUAUACCUGCUGUUUUAGGGUAAUCCCCGAGGUUGGGUAUAUCUACUGUUUUAGGGUAAUCCCCAAGGUUCAGUAUACCUGCUGUUUUAGGGUAAUCCCCGAGGUUGGGUAUAUCUACUGUUUUAGGGUAAUCCCCGAGGUUCAGUAUAUCUACUGUUUUAGGGUAAUCCCCGAGGUUCAGUACAUCUGCUAUUUUAGGGUAAUCCCCGAGGUUCGGAGUGUAUAUAAACAUCAGGUGUUUAUUUUUCAUGUUUACAUACAAUAUUAUACUUUUAUAAUGCCAGUAAACAACAUAUUAAACUUUCUAAGUGUAAGAUACAGGUGUAGGGCCUAUGCUGAGUCAUGUCUGUACACAUCGGUCAGAUCGGUCAAGUCUGUACACAUCGGUCAGAUUGGUCAUGUCUGUACACAUCGGUCAGAUCGGUCAUGUCUGUACACAUCGGUCAGAUCAGUCAGAUCGGUCAAGUCUGUACACAUCGGUCAGAUUGGUCAUGUCUGUACACAUCGGUCAGAUCAGUCAGAUCGGUCAAGUCUGUACACAUCGGUCAGAUCGGUCAUGUCUGUACACAUCGGUCAGAUCAGUGAGAUCGGUCAAGUCUGUACACAUCGGUCAGAUCGGUCAUGUCUGUACACAUCGGUCAGAUCGGUCAAGUCUGUACACAUCGGUCAGAUCGGUCAUGUCUGUACACAUCGGUCAGAUCGGUCAAGUCUGUACACAUCGGUCAGAUCGGUCAUGUCUGUACACAUCGGUCAGAUCGGUCAUGUCUGUACACAACGGUCAGAUCUGUCAUGUCUGUACACAUCGGUCAGAUCGGUCAUGUCUGUACACAUCGGUCAGAUCGGUCAUGUCUGUACACAUCGGUCAUGUCUGUACACAUCGGUCAUGUCUGUACACAUCGGUCAGAUCGGUCAUGUCUGCCCACUAUGUUUAUUGCAGUUUGUCAAAAUGCUGGAAAAAACAGGCUUGUUACAGGAUACCUAGACUAGAUACAGGGUACCCGGACUUGUUACAGGGUACUGGGACUUGUUACAGGAUACCUAGACUUGUUACAGGGUACUGGGACUUGUUACAGGGUACCCGGACUUGUUACAGGGUAAUGGGACUUGUUACAGGAUACCUAGACUAGAUACAGGGUACCCGGACUUGUUACAGGGUACUGGGACUUGUUACAGGAUACCUAGACUUGUUACAGGGUACUGGGACUUGUUACAGGGUACCUGGACUUGUUACAAGGUACCCAGACUAGUUACAGGGUACUGGGACUAGUUACAGGGUACUGGGACUUGUUACAAGGUACCCGGACUUGUUACAGGGUACUGGGACUUGUUACAAGGUACCCGGACUUGUUACAGGGUACUGGGACUUGUUACAAGGUACCCGGACUAGUUACAGGGUACUGGGACUUGUUACAGGGUACCCGGACUUGUUACAGCGUACCCGGACUUGUUACAGGGUACCUAGACUAGUUACAGGGUACCAAGACUUGUUACAGGGUACCCGGACUUGUUACAGCGUACCCGGACUUGUUACAGGGUACCUAGACUAGUUACAGGGUACCAAGACUUGUUACAGGGUACUGGGACUUGUUACAGGGUACCCAGAGUUGUUACAGGGUACUGGGACUUGUUACAGGGUACCCGGACUUGUUACAGCGUACCCGGACUUGUUACAGGGUACCUAGACUAGUUACAGGGUACCAAGACUUGUUACAGGGUACCCGGACUUGUUACAGCGUACCCGGACUUGUUACAGGGUACCUAGACUAGUUACAGGGUACCAAGACUUGUUACAGGGUACCCGGACUUGUUACAGGGUACUGGGACUUGUUACAGGGUACCCGGACUUGUUACAGCGUACCUGGACUUGUUACAGGGUACCCAGACUUGUUACAGGAUACCUAGACUUGUUACAGGGUGCCCGGACUUGAUACAGGGUACUGUGACUUGUUACAGGAUACCCAGACUAGUUACAGGGUACUCGGACUUGUAACAGGGUACCUGAACUUGUUACAAGGUACCUAGACUUGUUACAGCGUACCCUGUGCAGACAUUUCUACAUGGUUAUGUUAGAUCUGUAUAUAAAAUGUUAAUCUUUUGAUGUCAGAUUUUCAUAUUUCAAUUUUUUUACCCGAGUGAUUAUAUGUAUGUACUUCAAAUUCUUUUGUAAUGUUUAACAAAUAGCCCGUAAUUCUACAUCAGUCGGGCGAGACAAAUAGCCCGUAAUUCUACAUUAGUCGGCCGAGACAUGACUCAGUAUGGGGUGUUUGUCUCAUCAUUUAUCACGUUACUUCAGCAUUUGUAUAUAGCCCUGUGUCGAUGUAUAUUUGUACAUUAUUUUAGCCAAAUCUGUUAAAUUGUACAUAGAUUUUGUAUAUAAAGACAUCAAUCGAGAUUAUUCCUUUACUUGGUACAUUUCCAGUUGAGGAUAGCAGAGUGACAGACCAGUCUGACAUGGUGCAUUAGAGAUGCUGGGGGAGGAAGCUCGGAGAGAUUUUAUCAUUGUUGUUAUACAUCUAGUGUGCACACUCUGUUUUAAUGUACAUAUUACAUCAAUGUGAUUUUGGUAUUUACCCAUAUAUCUCUUAUAUAUCUAUAACUAUAUACGUAUCAUUAAUAUCAUAUUUAUUAUCUCAUUGUCUUAUGUAUUCUCUCUACCAAACAUCUUAGUCUAGGAGCCUCCUGGAAAUAUCUUAGUCUAGGAGUCUCCUGGAAAUAUCUUAGUCUAGGAAUCUCCUAGAAAUAUCUUAGUCUAGGAGUCUCCUGGAAAUAUCUUUGUCUAGGAGUCUCCUGGAAAUAUCUUAGUCUAGGAGUCUCCUGGAAAUAUCUUAGUCUAGGAGUCUCCUGGGAAUAUUUUUACCAACAUGAUACUUUCCUGUGGACCAUUUCAUCAGCUCGACCUUUUUUACUGGUUAAAUGAGUACAUCAAAAUAAACAACAUACAUCUUCUAUCAUCAAUUAUCCACGAGCAUAAUUGUUUGAGGAAUUCAUUCCGUAACCUGGAGUUAUAUGUUGUUUGAAAUGGUCUAAUCAACUAUGCAAUGUGGUGAUAUUAUUAUUUUGUCUUGAUUUAAACAAGGUUGGUAUUGAUGGCCAAUAUUUAACGAAGAUAAGUGAUCAUUAAAAUCAGCAAAUGGUGAAUUUGA